AUGUCGAAAAGUACACGUUACUCGAAGAAGAACAAGGGAAAAAAGUUACAGAGAGCACAAGAGGAAAAAGUCCAGGUCGAUGUGAAGCCGAAAGAAAUUGAGACAUUCGAUUUUUGUGGGUUUAAAGUGCCAAAGAAAUAUGAAGGAAAGUUGGAGAGGAAGCCGAGCGAGUUGGUCAUUAAAAAGGAUUUUGUGGAAGGAAUGAAACAAGACGCAAAAAUAUACUGUAAUGACGACUUGCUUGAACUGCUUGCUGGAGAACUUUGCAAUGAUGCCUUGAACAACUUCCCUUCAUGCGUCAGACAGACAGCAAAUGUUGCAACACUUCCGGGGAUUGUGGGAUCUAUGGCGAUGCCAGACGCACAUAGUGGUUAUGGAUUUUCGAUUGGAGGCGUUGCUGCUAUGCGUCUUGAUGAACCUGAGGCAGUCAUCUGCCCGGGUGGUGUUGGUUUUGAUAUCAACUGUGGUGUCCGCCUCAUCCGCACCAAUUUGACCAAAAGAGACAUUGAACCACACAAAGUUCGGUUGGCUGAUGCGCUUUUUAAGAAAGUUCCGAGUGGUGUUGGCACUAAGGCAUCGAUUGAUUUUAAGGAAGAAGAUUUUGACAAGUUGUUAACUGGAGGAUUGGAGUAUAUGGUGGAGCAAGGAUAUGCCUGGGAAGAGGAUUUAAAGCACUGUGAGGAAGGUGGGAAGAUUGCAGGUGCCGACCCAUCAUUAGUUUCGAAAGUGGCAAAGAGUAGAGGACAUCAACAAGUUGGAACACUUGGGAGUGGAAAUCACUACUUGGAGGUGCAGACUGUCGAUGAGAUUUUUGACGCCGAAGCUGCAAAAGCAAUGGGAAUUACAGAAGUUGGGCAAGUCUGUGUUAUGGUCCAUUGUGGGAGCAGAGGACUUGGGCAUCAAGUAUGUCAAGACUAUGUUGCAAUCUCAAUGAAGAAGGGGCAUAGUAAUCCUGUUGAUAAGCAAUUGACUGGGGUUCCUUUCAACAGUGAAGAUGGACAAAAAUAUUUCAGCGCGAUGAACUGCUGCGCCAACUUUGCAUUUGCGAAUAGAGGAAUGAUCACAUAUCAAAUCAGAGAAGCGUUUGAGAACAUCAUGGGUAUAAAAGCCAAAAAAAUGGGAAUGGGGUUAGUGUAUGAUGUGUGUCAUAACAUUGCAAAAGUCGAGGAGCAUGAAAUCGAGGGCAAAAAAGUUAAGUGCGUCAUUCACAGAAAAGGAGCAACUCGAGCCUUUCCACCAAACCACCCCGUCCUUCCUGAAGACUACAAGAUGAUUGGGCAACCAGCAAUAAUCGGAGGGAGUAUGGGAACAUGUUCAUAUGUUUUGGUUGGUACACAGAAAGGGAUGGAGAACUCAUUUGGGAGUACGUGUCAUGGAGCUGGGAGAAGAAUGAGCCGAGUUGGUGCGAUGAAAACAGUCACAUCAAACGAAGUCAUCAAAAGAAUGAAAGAAAUGGGCAUUGAGUUGAGAAUCACCGACCCCAAGUUGGCUGCCGAAGAGGCCGACGAGGCUUACAAAGACGUCACUGAAGUUGUGGAGACAUGCCAAGCCGCAGGAAUUUCAAAAAUUGUCAUGAGACUUAAACCAAUGAUAGUCGUUAAAGGAUAA